UCAACACCAACCCAUCGACACCACCCCGCCAUGUUCUACUCCGAGCGCCUGCUGUCCAGAGAGGGGCCGCUGGCCCGUGUUUGGCUGGCCGCCAACAUGGAGCGCAAGCUCUCGAAAAACAACAUCCUGCAGUCAAACAUCCCGAAGAACGUCAACACAAUCGUCGCGAAGGACCAGGCGCCAAUCGCCCUUCGACUCAGUGGCCAGCUGCUGCUCGGCGUCGUGCGCAUCUACAGCAGGAAGGCGCGCUAUCUGUUGGAAGACUGCAAUGAAGCGUUGUUGAAGCUCAAGAUGGCUUUCAGAUCUAGCAAUGAUGUCGAUAUUCCCGCCAACCAGACCCAUGCCGCGAAUCCGAAGUCUCUAUUGCUUGUCGACCAAGUCACCGAUAUGGACCUCUUUUUGGCGCCGCCAGAUCCCUUUAUGCUUCAAUCUCAACCACAAUUACGGGGCGACCUAAGCGCUGCGCAAGACCCGAACUACUUGAUCUACAGCCAGCAGGUUCUGUCUGGAAGCAUUGAGGAGCAUACUGAGGACGCUGUUGAAGCUCUGGACAACGACAUCGAUCUCAACUUUGACGAUGACCUUCUGGAAGGAACGAGUUUGGGAAUUGAAAUGGCUCGAGACGCACCACUUGAGCGAAACGCCUCGGAAGAAUUUGGCGGUAGUGCGAAGCCACUGGACGACGAUGUGCAGCUCAAUUUUGGAGACGAAGACCUCAUCGUAGAGGAUACCUCUCUAUUCCAAGGAGCUUUGGAUCGCAAUGACCUGGACACGCCUAAUUCACCUAGCUUUCCUGACUUGGGUGCGGAGGGUGCGAACCGCCGCCAACGGGACACGCUAUCGCCACUAUCUUCAAUUCGUUCCAGUGCGGAACGAGAGCUGGAGAAGACCGUCAACGGCGAUCAAAAUGCCACCCUUUUUGAACCCCAGGAAGACGAAGAUGAGACCAUUCACCAGGCGCAUAAGGCCAAGCGGCGCAAAGUCUUGCACGCUGAUGCGGACACCGAAAUCCACUCUAAUCAGAUCAGGGCACAGCAGAACGAUCGAUCGAAAAUCCUGAAAGCGGCCUCCUUCUUACCGCGGGAUCCCAUGCUUCUCGCGCUCAUGACCAUGCAAAAAACGGGAGGGUUCGUCUCCAGUAUCUUAGGGGAGGGUCGCAACAUCGGUUGGGCGCCGGAACUCAGGGACCUCUUGUCACUGGAAGUCGUAAAACGAUCCGGAGAGCUCAAGCGGAAACGAAAGAACGAGGAAGACGACGGUGCUGUGGACAUCAAUCUCGAUGAUAACGACGAAACAAUGGCAGCCAUCAACGACAGCGUCAGUGGCAUUCAGGAUGAUAUAAUCGAACUCCCUGAAGAUGCACCAGCACCACCCCCGCUCGAACUGGAUGAAGAGGAAGCGUUAUCCCCAAUUCCCGACAAUUUUGACGACACCACUGCCCCGUUCUUGCACCCGGCCGACAGCGGCCCCAUCUCAUUAGGCACGAAGAAUGCCGUUCAUCUACUACGCGAGAGGUUCGGACCAGCUGCUGCGGAAAGCGAGGCCGAGAGGCUGAAGACCAGUGUGCUAUUCCAAGAUAUGCUACCGGAGAGAAACACAACUAAGGCCGAUGCGACACGGAUGUUCUUCGAGAUGUUGGUGCUAGCUACUAAGUCUGCUAUCAAGGUCGAACAGCCAGUAGACCAACUUGGUGGCCCGCUGCGGUUCAGAGCCCAGCGCGGUCUUUGGGGAGAUUGGGCCGAGGCGGAGGCUGGUGGGGAGAUUGCUGCGGCUGUCGAGGCUGCAGCGUAAAAUGGGCUCUCAAGAACUGCUCAUUGAAUUGGACGAGCUUGAAGUUUUAUUAUGAGGGAUUGGAAGUUGGAGUUGGCGGACUUCUAGCCUUAUCUGGGCUAUUUGAUACGGGAGUUGCGGCUGGUCUUAAGUAGGCCUUUGAUGGGGAGUGCAUUGGGCUUUUCUUCCUAUCAUUGUUCCCAAUAUGUAUUGUUGAAUAGGCUCUGGAACUUGCGCGUUCGUCUCAGGUAGAUACCAGCUCUAAUGCAGCCAAGAUUUCAAUGCACGUUAUAAACGUUUGUCGUAUUUGGGUGUCUUC